CAAAAGUAUUUGGUUCGGUCACGAGGAAAGUGCGAUGCUCGUGUUUUUUUCAGUUCUCGUCAUAGCAGUUUAUCCCAUUCUCGCUACAGAAUGCAAUGGACAAGCGACAUGCGUCAGCCUGACAGACUGCAACCACUACGUGGAUUUUCUGGGUACGAUGCAGAAACCGCUGAAGGCGUCCGUCGUGCACUUCCUUCGGUCGCAGCAUUGCGGCUUUCGAAAUGGUUAUCCACGCGUCUGCUGCGCUCCGAUGCCCAAAGGUUUAAAGAUAUUCGAUGAUGCCAAAGUUGGACCAUCUUUUGAUGUUGUCGUUUCAACGGCACCGCCGAACGCCAUGCCCGUUCCGCACUUCCAGAGGAAACGAAAGAAACAUAAGAAAUUCUACUCCAAGUCGGAGGACCUUUUGGACUUCGAUCUGUUCCGAAGACGUCGUUCACCCAACGGCGUCAACGUCGAGAUCAGAUAACGCAAUACAUUUAUAAUUUCAUAACAUUUUUUUAAUGGUUGUUGUUGAUGGAUAUGUUGAUAGAAAAAAUAAAGGACGA